CGGGCCCUCUGUCCCGUCGGCUCAGGGCACGCGGAUCCCGUUCGGGGAGGUGGCCAGCGGCGUCAAGAGCCGAGUGGGACUCGGGAGUCCGCCGGGGCGCACGGGGGUCAGGGACGCCACUGGGUGCGCGGGGCUGGGGAAGAGCCCACGAGCAGUUCGCCGCAGCGAGGGCUCCACGAGCCUCAGCCAGCCCCGGGGGUGGCGCGGGGUGUCUGCCCGGACUGGAGGGGAAGUUGGGCGGGAAGAAGGCAGGCGCCGGCUGCGGAGCUCCUGCAGCCUCUCGGCAGGCCGAGGGUGACUCCGGGGCGAGGCCUGGCCCGGGCGCGCCAACCUCCCGGAGCCGCGGCCGCUCCUACAAGUCCCGGACCGCAGUCCUCCCCGGGGCCAUGACAGUUCUCCGGGGUGACAACUGCUCCCUCCCUCAGCGAGCCUGGUCCCGGUCCCAUCCAGCAAUCGGAGCCCAGUUGGUGAGGCCUCGCCCCUCUCGGCUGGUGGUUAUUUCUUUCCGGGACGCUCUCAGAGCCUCCGGGGCAUUCGGGUAGACAGCUCUCCUCGCAGCGUGGGUCCGCGCUUCUCUCAGACCGAAAGGAGGUGCUGGGAAAACAAAAACAAAAACAAAUUAAAAAAAAAAAAAAACAAAAAAACCCGACGUUCUCCUGUGCAUGCUGAGGCGUCUCAAAAACUUUUGGAAGUACAGUCAACAACCUGAGAACUGUGACUGCCAUAGAGGGAUGCACUCGGGCUUGUCUGAAGGAUUUACAGUUCUUUCAAGAGAAGGGACUAAAUGUUUCAGCCUCCCAGGCACACCCUUAUCCAGCAACUCCCCUCACCUAAGCCGUGCCCUUGAUCCCUCUGGGGCUGUGAGCCUCAUUUGCUGCAGCGGGGCCUAUAUUCUGCAAGGCGUUAUGGUGAGCUGCAAAGAGGCAGCAAGUCCUGGGUUCAAAUCCUGACAGGGCCACUGGUCUGCUUGUGCAACCUGGCAUCAUUUCUCCUCUCCUAAAUGAAAGAAACUUAGGAUGGGCUCGCCUCUAGUGGAACGGUGAAUAAAUGUGAACAAAUAUGGACUUCCUUUCUUUUUGGUUGGAGCAUGCUAUACUUCAUACUCCCCACCCACCCUACCCCCCUUUUUAAAAGAUUUUAUUUAUUUGUCAGAGGGAGCGAGCAGGGGGAGCGGCAGGCCGAGGGAGAACUGGCCGAGCACGGAGCCUGAUUCCAGACUCGAUCCCAGGACUCUGGGAUCAUGAGCUGAGUUGAAGGGAGAUGCUUCACCCACUGAGCCACCCAUGAGUCCCCAUACUUCCCAAGCUCUUAAUGCCUAAGGGCUGAGGCUCAGAUGCAGAAGAAUGUAUUACUUGACUCUCUUCUGGUACCUCUCUGGAUGCCAUGGAAAAGAAGGAGAAAGGGUCAUUUAGCCACCUUAGAGUUGUUCUUUGCUCAUCUCCUGAAGGCUCAGAGGAGCCCCCUCCCCCCAUUCUCCUUGAUCCUCUUGACCUCUGUCAUUAACACAUGACCGGCUGGAAUGUCGCCCCUGGUGGCUAACCAAGCAAGGCAUGUAACAUGAGGCUAUGAGGCCUAGAGCCCCACCCACGCCAGGCACCUAUGUUUUUGCUCCAGCCUGACCCUCCGUCUCCUGACCCCUUCCUUCCCACAAAACCUACUUGGACAUGUUACAGCAUCUUAGGCUUCACUUGUUCAAAAUGGAGCUUUGGAGACCUCUCUGUACCACAGCUUCUCCACCAGAUUCUCUGGCCUGCCUGAAUGGCACCCUCCAUCCACCAACACCUGAGCAUCCUUGAUUCUUCUCUCUUCCUCACUUCCCACAUCCACAGCACACCAGGAACCCAAGCACCUCUCAACCUCCGAGGGCAGCAUUCCUGCCAUCCCCAUCCUGCGGCCCCUUCCUUUAGCCUCCUAAUUUGUCUCCCUGCUUCCAUUCUGGCCCCUCCACAGUCCAGGUUUUUCACAACUACCAGGGAGGUCUUUAACAAAAGUUCAGGCCUCUCCCUUCCCUGCUCAGAACCCCCUGAUGGCCUCCCAUCUCACUCCAAAACACCCCCCCAAAACAACCCCCAAAGUCCUUUCCUGCAACACCCCACAUGAGCCACCUCUCCUAACCUCCUUGAUCUUGUGCAACCUGGCAUCAUUUCUCCUCUCCUAAAUGAAAGAAACUUAGGAUGGGCCCGCCUCUAGUGGAACGGUGAAUAAAUGUGAACAAAUAUGGACUUCCUUUCUUUUUGGUUUCUUGAUCUCUGCCCCUCCCCCUAGCUUUCUAAACCUGGACCCCCCAGACCUGUUUUCUGUUCUUCAAACAUGCCAAGCUCAUUUACGCCUUAGGACUUCUAAUUUGCUGUGCUGCCCUCCAACCCCCACCUCCAGCGCUGAUCUUGUUACAGCCCAGAAGGCCUCAGCUCAAAUGUCAGGGAUUCAGAAAGACUUCCCUGAUCACCUCCAUCCAUGCAACAUACCUUUCUCCAGGGGUUCUGUCUCAUUACCCUGCUUUAUUUUCUUAUGAUUAAUGUCUGAAAAUCUUAUUUAUGUAUAUGUUUACUGAUUUGUUAUCUGUCCCACCCCAAUAGAAUAUAAAUUGGAUGAUGGCAGAGAUCUUGUCCCUCUUAUUCCCUGCAGCUCUCCCUGAGGGGGGAGGCAGGUAAGAAACUGGCAGACAACCCCAUCUAUAAUUGCAAAUUGUGCCUUUCUACCCGCCCUCUCCAUCUGUCCUUUUAUGGGCCAGAACCCUCCGUCACUUCAGAACCUAGACAGCGAUGACGUUUGCCGAGGAAAAGACUUACGAGUAUAUCCGCCACCAUUACAGCAAUUUUGUUGACCGCAUUCAUGUUCUGGAGAUACUGCCUUACCUGUCCUGCCUCACCACAAGUGACCAGGACCGACUGCGGGCCUCUUGCCAGCUCUCUGGGAACCAGGGCACCCUCUGGGAGCUCUUCAACAGCCUUCGGCGGCGGAUCGGCUGGGUGGAGUCCCUCAUCAGUGCACUGAGGGCCUGUGAGCUGGUGGAUCUUGCUGACGAAGUGGCUCGCAUCUACCACAGCAACCUGCCCGGGGUCCGGAACCGGCCUCCAGCCCCAGUGGAGCCACAGUUAGUUCCUGCUGAGGUUCCACGGUCCUCUAGACCUGCUGUGGCCCCCAGUGCCCCCCACAAUGGCUACAGAGAGGAGGAGCCAAGUUUCCCCUUGUCAGUCCAGGACACCCAGCCACCAGAGUCCCCGGAAGAGAGUUCAAAGAAGGUCCCACAGAUGCCCCAUUCUGGGGCUGUCCUGAGGAGGCCAGCUGGCCCCCUGGAAUCGUCCUCUGACAUGGCGGCCUUUAGCCCUCUGACCUCCAGUGGACAUGAAGAGCAGGACACAGAACUAGGCGGUGCCCACACACCAGGCACGGCCUCCAGGCUCCCCUCAUCCCGUGGGCCUGUGUCUCCAUCUGUCUCCUUCCAGCCCCUGACUCGUUCCACCCACAGGGCGAGCCGUUUGCCUGCACCCUCCGUGUCAGUACCAUCUGCUGGCACCUCCUCCUCGUCCACGGGCUUGGCCUGUGCCGGGGGUGCUGGUGACCACCGUGAGGCCGGCGUCUGCUCCGCGGGGGCUGGGGUGUCCACAAGCUCGCUGACCAGCAGCACUGCAUCCUUCAGGGUUCCUGCCAGCUCAGCACUUGACAGAACAGUGCCUUCCAAGUUGCCUGCCAGCUCAAAACCCUCAGGGACAGUAGCCACUAAUGUGCUCACAAGUCUGCCACCAUCCAAACUACCCAUCAACUCAGUGCGUGCUGGCACAGCAGCACCCAGAGUGCCCACAGGCUUGGUGCCCGAGCCCAGGAUGUCCAUGAGCAUGGUGCCCAGCAAGGUGCCCGCCAGCACUGUGCCCACCAUCAGGAGCCACACACCCUCAGGGGAGACUGCAGGAGCUCCAGGGCCCACCAUCUCCACCAGAGACAGCUUGCCUGAGCCAAACCCCAGCUCUUCCGGCUGGGAGUCCGAGUUGGAGCUGAGCAAGCCAGGCUGUCUGGCCUCCCGGGUGGUCAGUGAGCCGUUCUCGGGCUGCUCUGCGGACCUGGCCCUCAGCUACAGCACGUCCUUGGACGCGGGGCCUGACAAUGCCCCAGAGGAGAACGAGUACCAGUCGGUGGAUUCCAUUAGGAUCCAAGUGACCCAGGACCCCAGCGUCGACCUGUUGGAGGGUAAUCCUGGGCCGCGUGCCACCCCGGAGCCCCUGGAGGAGGAGGAUUACAUCCAGGUCAGCGCCUGGGCUCCGUGGCUCAGGGCAGCUGCUACUGGGGUAUUCCUGGCCUUGUUCCUGACAGUGGUCUACAGGCGGCGCCUGCUCCAGUGAAGCCCCUGGGCCCUCUGUGCUAGGAAUCUGCUCCCUUUUCCAGAGGACAUCCAGCCCAAGCACGGACUGUGCUGUCUUCCUGCCUUGUCCCUUUUGUGGGGCUGGUGGAGCCUGGGUCAGAGGGGAGCCAGGGGGCCUCAGGCCACAUUUCUGUCCCAGCUCAUGCCCUCUCCAUGUGCUACAGACCUUGCCUACCCUGCAAUCUGGAUUAUUACCUUCAUUCUCUGAAGGAGGUGAGGUACGCCCAUCUAGGCUGUAUACCCAUUUGUCUGAGUCCACAGAUUAGGAGGUACCACUGGUUGGCAAUGCCCCCCAUCCUGCCCCUGUGCUGGGUGGCUAGCAGAUGUGCAGCAGCGGCGGUGGGGCAGGGCAGACCUCCACAGGACCUUGCUCUAGACCCCAAAAGCCCAGCCAUUGCUCCAGGAGCAUCAGGGUGGUCCAUCUCCAGGGACAUGGCUGCUUGUGGUCCCUCAAGAGGUGGAGGAGGUCCAGACAUUCUCCUGGACCCUGGGGAAUGUAAGCUGCUCGGCUAAGAACUGCCUCUGAAGCCUCUCUCCAGCCUCCUCACCCCCCUCUUCCUUUCCUUCCCUUCUGGUCUC